AUGUCCUUACCCUAUUAUGCCAUCUUGAUUAUCCAGGUGCGCAGUGUCAACAUUCUCAACCACUGGUGUGAUAAAGGCAUUGAGGGGAGUGAUGAUGACGCUUUGGUAACAGGCGAGCAAGAUGAAGAGCUCAGCAGAUGGGAGCAGGAGCAGAUAAGAAAAGGAAUUAAUAUCCCGCAGGUCCAAGCAAGUCAGCCCACGGAAGUGAAUAUGUACUACCAGAACUCUUACCAGACAAUGCCUUAUGGCUCAUCCUAUGGCAUUCCUUACAAUUACACGACCUAUGGAUCGUCGGAUGCCAAAUCUCAAAAAACAGAUAAUACAGUCCCUUUCAAAACUCCCAGUAAUGAGAUGACUCCCGUUACUAUUGAUUUGGUAAAGAAACAGCUUAAAGACAGGUUGGACUCCAUGAAAGAGCUGCACAAAGCAAAUUGGCAGCAGCACGAGAGACACCUGCAGAGCCGAGUGGACUCCACCAGGGCCAUUGAGAGAUUGGAAGGGUCUUCUGGGGGUAUUGGUGAACGGUAUAAAUUUUUGCAAGAAAUGCGAGGGUAUGUCCAAGACUUGCUUGAGUGUUUCAGUGAAAAGGUGCCACUGAUUAAUGAACUUGAAUCAGCAAUUCAUCAGCUGUACAAACAGCGAGCUUCCCGCCUUGUCCAAAGACGACAAGAUGAUAUUAAAGAUGAAUCUUCGGAGUUUUCAAACCAUUCAAAUAAAGCUCUGAUGGCACCAAAUCUUGACUCCUUUGGUCGUGAUCGGGCACUGUACCAAGAACAUGCAAAACGUCGGAUUGCAGAGCGAGAGGCCAGGAGGACUCGUCCGCGGCAAGCCCGAGAGCAAACUGGGAAGAUGGCUGAUCACCUUGAAGGCCUUUCGAGUGAUGACGAAGAAACAUCCACAGAUAUUACUAAUUUCAACCUGGAAAAAGAUCGAAUAUCCAAAGAGUCCAGCAAGAUUUUUGAAGGUGUCCUUGAGAGUUUCUCCUCCAUCGACUGUAUUAAGUCGCAGUUCGAAGCAUGGCGUUCAAAAUAGUACACUUCCUACAAAGAUGCUUACAUUGGCCUUUGCCUGCCCAAGUUGUUCAACCCGCUCAUACGGCUGCAGCUGCUCAACUGGACUCCUCUGGAGGCAAAAUGUCGUGACUUUGAGAAUAUGCUGUGGUUUGAGUCUUUGUUGUUCUAA